AUGACUGACAAGAUCUCAGAGGAAAUUCACCAACCAAAUGAAAAUAAUCAACAAAAAGAAGAAGAAAUAAUAUUAUUGGAAAAUAAAGAAAAUGAUAUUCAGAAGGAGGAAAUUAUUUUUGGAAAUGAUGGAAAGUAUAUUCUUGAUGGGACUUUGUGUGGUGUUGGGUCUCAUUUACGAAAAUUAGGAGUUGAUGCUGUUUACAGCAAUGAAUAUUCUGAUGCAUAUAUUUUGUACCUGGCAAGGAAUGAGGAUAGAAUGAUCAUAACCAAAUCUACAAAACUCUUACAGAGAAUUAGGCAACAAGAAGAAAAGUUGGAAAAUUAUAAAAAGAAAAUUAAAAUACUCGGUGAUAAAGCCUUAGUUGAAAGUCUAGUUCAACAAAGAUUAAUGAAACCAAAAACGGAAGAAGAAAUUGAGGAAGAAAGGCAGGAACUUAUUGAAAUUGUACAAGAAGAAGAGCAGCAAAAGUAUAAAUAUUAUAUUGUAAAAUCAAUAGGAAAAUAUGACCAAUUGAAGGAAGUUGUAAAUGAAUUUAAGAUAAUAUUUAAAAAGGAAAAUAUUUUUGCAAGAUGUUUCAGUUGUAAUGGACAAGUGAUAGAGGUAAAAAAAGAAGAUAUUGAACAUUUAGUUUUCGAAAAAACAUACUUGAAUACAGAUAAAUUUACUCAAUGCCAAUCUUGUAAUCAAGGUGAGUUGUAUAUUGAUUCUAAUUGA